AUGCUCAAAAGAUAUAAUAGUACAAUAUUGAAUUACUAUGAAAAAUAUUUUGAUAGUAUCUUCACCCUUCAUAAAAAGAGGAUUAUAUAGUAUGUUAACUUGAGUAUUCCUCUCAAAAUAAAACAGGAUAAAGAAAUAAAAGAAAACGAAGGUCUAGAUUGGUAUUUAGAUAUUACGCAUCAAGAAGCUAGCCUCUAAAGAAAUUUCUAAGAUUGGUUCACAAGACAAUUUUUAUAUAGCUACUGUGAUACAAUAGUUGUUAACUUUUAAAAUAUUCAGAAAGCCUAAAAAAUUCCUUUUGAGUCAUAUGAAGAUCUUAAAUUAUAGUAACUGGAGCUAGCAUACAGAAAGGCUAAUUAGUUAUUAUAUUAGCUAUAAAAUAAGGUUGAAGGCAAAAAUAAAGAUAUAUAUAUUAUGUGCAAAGAUUUGGAUAUAUAAAAUAUUAUAAAUAUAGAAUUUCUAAAGACUUAAUAUACAAAUAAAUAUCUCUGUAUACCUUAAACUUUAGUUAAUGAUACUUUUGAAGAUAUUAAUGAUGAAACAGAAUAAUUCAUGAAAUAAAAUAAUAUAAAACUCUUUCCUUUGUAGCAUGUCAGCUCUUUUGGUAUUACUGAUCGUCUUAUUAAAUCAAAAAAAUAUCAAACUAUUUUGUUUGAGGAUGAUUCAUUUAACAGUAAAUUUACAGAUACAAAAUAUCCAAAACUAUACUUACCAGAUAUUUUACUGGUAUCAGCAAGCACAACAAACGUACAUUUAAUAGAAACAAUCUUUUAUAAUUUAUAAAUCUAAUUUAUAAAAUUAAGUAAGGACUUAUUGACAAACCUAAGUUUGCUAACUUCAGUAAUAUGCUAAAAGCAAAUUAUGCAAUUUAAUCAGAUAUUCAUAUGGAAGAAGAGGAUACCAAGUAUUUUGUUUUACAAAAGAGAGAAAAAGAAGCUAAAGAAGAGUAUGAAGAUUUGUAUAAAGAAAUGGAAAACAAGGAGUAUGAGGAUUUAGAGUUAAGAAAGAGUAUAUAACCUGGUCUAAAUUUAUUAAAAAAACAAAGAUAAAAGGAAAGAAGAGCAGAAUGAAAAAAUGAGAAUAAAAAAUGAAUUAUUAAGCUGUAAGCCUUGA